AAGAAAUGACCGGUGAAAGUCAAGAAGCCCUCUUAGCUCUCUACUGACUACUCUCUCUCCGCGUAGGAUACAAAGACAUUUGACACCAAAGCCUAAAGCUGUGUGCCUGUGUUUUAUGGUUCUCUUUUCCAAUGAUGUCAUCAGCAAAGCAUCAGAGAAAUCAUAGAGUCUCUGCUACAACCAAGAACAAGAUUCUCAACACUGUUUCUUCCAUCUCAUCCUCAUCACCACCAUCACCAUCGUCCUCAUCCUCAUCAUCUCCUUCAUACUCACAAGACUCCCAAGAAGCCCAAAAGAGUUCUUUAAUCACCAUGGAAGAAGUUUGGGAAGACAUCAACCUUGCUUCCAUCCACCACCUAAACCGCCACAGCCAACAUCCACAACAUAACCAUCAGCCGAGGUUCAGGAGCCAUGACCGUCAGAACCAAAACCAUGAGUCCAUGUUCCAAGACUUCCUCAACAGACCUUUGAACCGGGAACCAAACAUGCCCAUAAGCCUCAACGGCAAUACCACCACUGUCACUGCUCUCUUCAGCAGCUCUCCUCUGGCGGCACCUCCUGCAACUGUUCUGAGCUUGAAUUCCGGUGCCGGCUUCGAGUUUCUUGAUAACCAAGAUCCUCUUGUUCUCCCUAACUCUAAUCUUCAUAGGCACAAUCACCUCACUGACGUUCCUUCAUUCAACACUUCUUUCGAGGAUCUUACUUGUUUUGGCAAGAAAAGAGGCCAAGAGUCCAAUGAAGGUUCAGGGAAUAGAAAACAUAAGCGUAUGAUCAAGAACAGAGAAUCUGCAGCUCGUUCCAGAGCUAGGAAACAGGAAUGUGCCUCUCCUCCUCUAACUAACCUUUUACUCCAAAAAAAAAAAAAAGGAAAUGUGGUUUUGCCAUCAAAAUGCUUUUGUUUUUAAAAAGUUUUUUUGGGUUUUGAUUCUUAUUUGCAGGCUUAUACAAACGAGUUAGAGAUUGAAGUUGCUCACUUACAGGCAGAAAAUGAAAGACUCAGGAGACAACAAGAGCAGUUAAGAAUGGCGGCAGCAAAUCAGCCACCCAAAAAGAAGACACUUCAACGGUCUUCCACAGCUCCAUUUUGAGAAAUCUACAAGUCCUUAUCUCUCUUUUGGGGAUUGAGAGGCUUUCACGAAGAAGUGAAAAAAUGGGAAAGUUUGUACUUUUUAUAUUAGCUAUAAGUAUAACUAAGCUAAAUCUGUAGAACCAAGAUAUUGCAGGGUAAAGAAGUAGUAAAAAGAACAAGAGAAAAAGAAAACAGAAAGAGAAAAGGAUCUUUCCAUUUCCUAAGGCACAGGAACACCUGUCCUGGGCCUCUCUCAUCCUUGUUCUGUCAUUUUCUUAUUCAAAACCCUUUUCAAUUCUGUACUAACUUGUAUUUUUGUAGUAAUGGUACUUAGUACUCUCU